AUGGCGCAAACCAUGGUCUCCCUGCUGCUCCUCCUCUCCAUCCAGGGUGCCCUGGCCCUGAGGAUCUGCUCCUUCAACGUGAGGUCCUUUGGGGAAAGCAAGAAAGAAAACCGGAACGCCAUGGAUGUCAUUGUGAAGGUCAUCAAACGCUGUGACCUCAUAUUGCUGAUGGAAAUCAAGGACAGCCAGAACAAAAUCUGCCCCACACUGAUGGAGAGGCUGAAUGGAAAUUCAAGGAGAGGCAUAACAUACACCUAUGUGAUUAGCUCUCGGCUCGGAAGAAACACAUAUAAAGAACAGUACGCCUUUCUCUACAAGGAAAAGCAGGUGUCUGUGAAGAAAAACUACCUCUACCAUGAUGAUCAGGAUGGAGAUGCAGAUGUGUUUUCCAGGGAGCCCUUCGUAGUCUGGUUCCAGUCACCCUCCACUGCUAUCAAGGACUUCGUGAUUGUCCCCCUGCACACCACCCCUGAGACAUCUGUUAAAGAGAUCGACGAGCUUGCUGAUGUCUACAUGGAUGUGAAAAGCCGUUGGAAGGCGGAGAAUUUCGUUUUCAUGGGCAACUUCAAUGCUGGCUGUAGCUACGUUCCCCAGAAAGGAGUGAAGGCUAUGCCCUUCAUGGCCGACCCCAGCUUCGUUUGGCUGAUUGACGACAAUCAGGACACCACAGUCAAGAAGGGCAAUGGUUGUGCAUAUGACAGAGACCUGGCCCUGGAGGUGAGUGACCACUUUCCAGUGGAAUUUCAGCUACGGUCUUCACGGUCUUCACGAGCUCUCACCAACAGAAGAAGGUCUCUCACUUCAAAGAAGAAAACAAAGGCCAACCGCCCCUAGACACAAGGCGCUGUUUUAUUAACCGUUUCCUUUCUCUAAAUAAAACAACUUUAC